GUCAAUGGAUGCACCUUUUGAGAUCUAAAUCUAUAUUGAAGCUUUUCUGCUGCAUACUUUGGCGUCUGCGAUGUAACGAAACACAGAUCUCCAGCAAGCGCGACCCAAGAAAGUAACAUUCCUUCACUAGUUACUUUUGAAUCCGAAAUAAAAUCCUCGCGUCGGUAUUCGGCUUGGGUGAACCAAUUUGGUGGGUGUCCGCGAAUCAGAGUUCGAGGUUCAACAGCCUGCAUCCGGAUAUAUAUAUUUUCCAUAUUGAAGUUACAAUCUGGUGAUCCUUCCACUAGAUUCAGGUCUUUUUCUGAGCUCCGUAAUCAGGCCACCCUGCCAUGCUUGUAGUUAGGUGCUUUGCGUUCCGACUAUAUAUUUUGUUCUACUUGCGCUGUCAUUGAACUGGAUAUCCAAAUAUUAUCAAGAUGUUGACCAAAGUUUUGUCAAUCUUCCUUCUCCUUCUGGUAGCGAUGCCCUUUUCGUCGCAGACACCGUUGAAUCCUGACCAUAUUGCAUCGAUUGGUCACCUCCUAAUUCCGCGAAUCUCGCCCAAGACCACGUUAUAUAUACCAAGUGCAACUAGAACCACCUCGACUCAAACAUCUUCCACUUUUACAUCCUCCCUAUCAACCUCAACCACAACACCCACCAUUCCAUUCACCACCGAAAUCUCCAAAUCCGGCCGAACAAUCUACGUCAAAACCGGCAUCUCAGGCUGCAACCAAGAAGGCACCGCAGCUACCUCCAUCAGAGUACUCGGCCAAGGCGGCCCCGCAACCGACAUUCUGAGCUGCCAAGCCGGCUGCCGCUUCACAACUGCUUGCGAGGCUUACUCUUUCGCUACCGCGUCGUCGAAUUGUACUAUGUAUAAUGCUGGUCUUGGAGGCAAUGUUCAGAGUUUGGAGGGCACGGGAGUCUUUUUCUCGAUGAAGUAUCCGGCGGAUGGGAGUGAUUUUUGUUAUGAUGAUGUGCCGUUCACGGCGGGGGGCAGUUGGUUGUAUCCUUAUCCUACGAGGAGGGCGAAGGGUUUGUGAUUAGGGUCCGAAGAGUUUGGUUGAUGAAAAGUUAAUUGUUUUUGUUGUGUAUGAAAUGCAAAAG